CGCCGCCUCGCCGCGCCGCCCGCGCGCCCGAGCCGCCGCCGCUCCGCUCCCGCUCCUCCGCGCCACGAUGGCCUCCUCUGCCGAUGCUGCCGGCAGCAGCGGCGCCCGCAUCAUCGACGGCACGGCGCUGGCCAAGAAGGUCCGCGCGUCCGUCGCUGAGCGCAUCGCCGAGCGCCGCAAGACGCACGCCUCGUUUGCGCCGCACCUCUGCAUCGUGCAGGUCGGCGACGACAGCGCCAGCGUCACGUACAUCCGCAUGAAGCGCCUGGCCGCCGAGGAGUGCGGCAUGAAGUUCACGCACCUGCAUCUGCCCGGCGGCACCAGCGAGGAGGAGAUUGUGCACCGCGUCGGCGACCUCAACGACGACAGCAGCAUCGACGGCAUCCUCGUGCAGCUGCCGCUCGGCGCCCACAUCGACGCCGAGGCCGAGCGCCGCGUCACCGAGGCCGUGUCGCCGAGCAAGGACGUCGACGGCUUCCACGCCCUCAACAUCGGCCACCUCAACAGCCGCGCGUGCAAUCCCGACUUUGCGCCCUGCACGCCCGCCGGCGUCAUCAAGCUGCUCGAGGAGGCCGGCCUGUCCGACUUCUCCGGCCUGCGCGCCUGCGUUAUUGGCCGCUCGGACAUCGUCGGCAACCCCGUCGCGGCGCUGCUGCGCUCGCGCAACGCCACGGUCACGCAGUGCCACUCGCGCACCAAGGACGUCGCCGCGCACGUCGGCGAGGCCGACAUUGUCGUCGCCGGCCUCGGCAAGACGCAGUUCGUCAAGGGCGAGUGGUUCAAGAAGGAUGCCAUCGUCAUCGACGUCGGCACCAACUACAUUGCCGACGCGUCCAAGAAGAGCGGCCAGCGCCUCGUCGGCGACGUCGACUUUGAGGCGGCGCGCAAGGUCGUCAAGGCCAUCACGCCCGUGCCCGGCGGCGUCGGCCCCAUGACGGUGGCCAUGCUGAUGGAGAACGUGCUGCAGUCGGCGCUCAAGUCGACGGCCAACGGGCGCGCACGCGGCGUCACGUCGCCGAACCCGCUGAGCAUCCUCGAGAAGGUGCCGGCGGACAUCGAGGUGGCGCGCUCGCAGAAGCCGCGCCCCAUCACGCAGGUCGCGCGCGAGGUGGGCAUCCUGGGCCGCGAGCUGGAGCCCUACGGCGACGUCAAGGCCAAGGUGGACCUGAGCAUCCUGCAGCGCCUGGCCUCGCGCCGCGACGGCAAGUACGUCGUCGUCGCCGGCAUCACGCCCACGCCGCUCGGCGAGGGCAAGAGCACGACGACGAUCGGCCUGGCGCAGGCCCUCGGCGCCCACCUCGGCAAGGCGGCGUUUGCCUGUGUGCGCCAGCCGUCGCAGGGCCCGACGUUCGGCAUCAAGGGCGGCGCUGCCGGCGGCGGCUAUGCGCAGGUCAUCCCGAUGGAAGAGUUCAACCUCCAUCUCACGGGCGACAACCACGCCGUGCAGGCGGCCAACAACCUGCUGGCCGCCGCCAUCGACGCGCGCAUGUUCCACGAGGCAACGCAGAAGGACGCCGCGCUAUUCGACCGCCUGUGCCCCAAGAAGAAGGGCAAGCGCAGCUUUGCACCCGUGAUGCUGCGCCGUCUGAAGAAGCUCGGCAUCAACAAGACUGACCCCGAGGAGCUGACGGAGGAGGAGCGCAGCAAGUGGGCGCGCCUUGACAUUGACCCAGACACGAUCACGUGGCACCGCGUCACCGACACCAACGAUCGCUUCCUGCGCGAGAUCACUGUUGGGCAGGCGGCGACGGAGAAGGGCCAGGAGCGGCGCACGGGCUACGACAUUGCCGUGGCGUCGGAGUGCAUGGCCGUGCUGGCGCUCUCCAAGGACCUGGCCGACAUGCGCGAGCGUCUCGGCCGCAUGGUCAUUGCCUCGAGCCGCGCCGGCGAUGCCGUGACGGCCGACGACAUUGGCAUUGGCGGCGCGCUGACGGUGCUGAUGAAGGACGCCAUCAAGCCGAACCUGAUGCAGACGCUCGAGGGCACGCCCGUCUUUGUGCACGCCGGGCCCUUUGCCAACAUUGCCCACGGCAACAGCAGCAUCCUCGCCGACGCCGUGGCGCUGAAGCUCGCGGGCACCGAGGAGGGCGAGGACGACAGCAAGGCCGGCUACGUCAUCACCGAGGCGGGCUUCGGCGCCGACAUUGGCAUGGAGAAGUUCUGCGACAUCAAGUGUCGCGAGUCUGGCCUUGUGCCCGACGCCGUCGUGCUGGUCGCCACGGUGCGUGCACUCAAGACGCACGGCGGCGGCCCCGACGUGUCGCCGGGCAAGCCGCUGUCGGAGGUGUACCUCGAGGAGAACCUCGAGAUCCUCGAGGCCGGCUGCGUCAACCUCAAGAAGCACAUUGAGAAUGCCAAGAAGUUCGGCCUCAAGGUCGUCGUGGCGGUGAACCGCUUCGCCACCGACACGCAGAAGGAGCUCGACCUCGUGGUGCGCGAGUCGCUCGCUGCGGGCGCCGAUGCCGCUGUGCCGGCGAACCACUGGGCGCGCGGCGGCGAGGGUGCCGUGGAUCUGGCUCAGGCACUCAUCUCGACGCUCGAGGGCAAGCAGAGCGACUUCAAGUUCCUCUACGACGUGGCCCUGCCGAUUGAGAAGAAGAUCGAGACGAUCGCAAAGGAGAUGUACGGCGCCGCGGGCAUCGAGAUCAGCGAGGCCGCACAGAAGCAGAUCGACACGUACACGCGCCAGGGAUACGGACACCUGCCCAUCUGCAUGGCCAAGACGCACCUGUCGCUCAGCCACGAGCCGACGCUCAAGGGCGCACCGACCGGCUUCACCGUGCCCAUCCGCUCCGUCAAGCUCUCGGCCGGUGCUGGCUUCCUGUACCCGCUCUGCGGCGCCAUGCAGACGAUGCCGGGCCUUUCCACGCGGCCGGGCUACUACGAGAUCGACCUGGAUGAGAAUGGCCAGGUGCAGGGUCUCUUCUAGACGUGUCCCUGCCUGCUUGCUUCUCCAUAGACCGCCCGUGUUUCUCUCCCUUCUGCAAAGCUCUUCUCUCUCUCUGCCCGCAUUCCCCAUCACGUGACUCCCAUUCGGGCUCAACUCCCAUCCCACCCGUCGUUCUCUCAUGUCAUGCCAGCACUUACCCACUCAAUAAUACGCUUCAACAG